GACCUCAUGGAAAUGCAGCCAUAGUGACAGGCACAUCAGUGUCCUCCAUCCUACUGUCUCCCUGCCAGAAGCUCCUCCAUAGCCCCCAAACCAACUGGAAGCCAGAUAUACCCUCUGAUGUGGUCUGCACAGGCCCUGGCCUCACUCAGCUCACCCCACGCCUGGAUCAGACUGCAGACUUCAGCCUCUCUCUUCCAUAAGGGAGAAAGUCAGCCAGCCCUCCUCAGCUGCCUGUCUUAACCUGCCCGCAUCAUGAAGCCUGAGGAAAUUUCAAGAGGAAAAGCUUUUGGACUACGCAAGGCCCAGCAGGAGGAGGGGCUGAAUGAGAUCAACAAGCAAUUCCUGAAUAAUCCUAAAUACUGCAGUGAUGAGGACCUGCCCUCCAAAUUGGAAGCCUUCAAGAAUAAGUACAUGGAGUUUGAUCUGAAUGGAAAUGGAGAUAUUGAUAUUAUGUCCUUGAAGCGAAUGCUGGAGAAACUUGGGGUUCCUAAGACCCACCUAGAGCUAAAGAAAUUAAUUAGAGAGGUGUCCAGUGGCUCUGAGGAGACGUUUAGCUACUCUGACUUUCUGAGAAUGAUGCUGGGCAAGAGAUCUGCCAUCUUGAGAGUGAUUCUGAUGUAUGAGGAAAAAAACAAAGAACACCAGAAGCCAACUGGUCCCCCAGCCAAGAAAGCUAUUUCUGAGUUGCCCUAGUGGAGGUGGAUGUGCACAUGGUGGGACUGAAGGGGCUGUCGAAUGACAGCAGCACGGAAAGAAAGUUGUGAGCCAGAGUCAAACUAAAUAAAUAAUGCUCCCUACCGGGUCAA